GAUACGGCAGGAUUUCUUGACUCCCAUAUGGCGGCGGCAUCGUCGUGGUUUCUCCUCGGCAUCCACUUGGCGUUACAUCACACGACAGUACCUCAACAUCCCCACCUUGGGCUACCGAACAUCAUCGUUGAAGAAUACAAGGGAUGGAUGUAUGCAAAGUAUGUGAACUCCAUACUCACAUCAGUGAUGAACAAAGUGACGGAAGCGGAGUGGAACUACGUAACGAACCUCACGAAGUACAACAAGCAUCUAAAAGUGGCCGCAUCGGUUGCCUUGAGGAAGCUGCAAAAGCAAAUUUCGAAGAACGUCGAACACUUCAGGUGGACAGAAUUUAGAAACCCAGUGACAAAAAGAAUUUUCGACAAAUUGGCGGGUCUUGGCGCCUCCGUGCUGUCUCACGAAAAGGAAGACGAGAUGACAAAGCUUAUCGCCGAGAUGCAGGAACACCACGCUUCAGCAAAAAUCUGUCCGCGGUACAGCUACCCUUAUCAGGACUGUCAUUUAUCUCUGGAUCCAGAGAUUAUAAAUACUAUGCGAACAUCGAGGGAUUACUGUGGACUCCUCCACGCCUGGAAUGAAUGGCGUAGAGUUGCCGGGAAGCCCAUGCAGCAGAAAUUCCUGCGCUACGUUCAACUUCAAAAUGAAGCUGCUAUACUGAGCGGAUUUCACGAUGCCAGUGUCACGUGGAUAGGUGCCUACGAAGACGACGACUUCGAGCAAAAAAUGGCACAAAUAUGGGAACAGAUCAAGCCACUGUACAUGCAUCUCCACGCUUACGUGCGCUCGAAGUUACGUGAUGUGUACGGCUGGCAAAGAGUCUCGAAGUUCGGUCCUAUUCCGGCUCAUUUACUUGUACCGGCCGGCUUAAAUUGGCAGACGUGCCUGUUGCACUACGACGACGUCGUUGUGUUUGCCUCAAACUUCGACGAAAAGAUUCGGCCCCGUGAAGCUGUACUGCAAGCAAUCAAGACCUCCGGACUCAUCUUGAAGCCUGAAAAUAGCCACUUCGCGUACGAGGAGCCCUUCUUUUAG